AUGAUAACGGGAAUCAAUUUACGAUUAAUUGCAUUAUUCUUGACGUUGGACAGCAAAAAUGCGGAGGAAAGAGAAGAGUCUAUUCGGCCAUCUGAAGGUAAAAGAGAGCAAUGGAGAAGCAAAGAGGAAAAGGAAGGGGCAGUUGCACAACAGCAGGAAGAGGAGCUGGAAGAUGAUUAUUAUGCGGCAUUGGAAAAGAAAGAGAAAUUCACACUCUUAGAAGAGCUCAAACGCAAGGAAAAAGAGCAACUACAACGAAUCAAAAAGUUAAGACACGAGGAAAGUGGAUUAAGACAGAGGUUUAGUGGCAAUAGUCAUAGUGGUAGUGGUAGUGGUAAUGAUGGAAGCGAUAAAGUGAAAAAUGUGAAAGUGAAACAGGAACCAGGAAUGGAUCGAGAUGAUAUUAUUGCGGCAGUAACUGGAAGUUCUAUUACUGCAGUUGACGACAAUGACAAUGACGAAGACAAUGAUUAUGACAAAUAA